UUCUUAAAUACAGUUUGGGCACUUACACAAUAUUUUUACCUACAUAUUCCAGGUUAUCAGCGUGAACUCAAGUAUCGUCAUGAGGAUGGAUCAUUUAGUGCAUUUGGAAAAUCUGAUAAUUCUGGCUCAACCUGGCUAACAGCAUUUGUUCUUAAAUCAUUUGCUCAAGCUCGUCAAUUUAUCCUGAUUGAUGGGAAUGAUUUAGAUAUGAGCCGAGACUGGUUAAAGCGCAAGCAGAUGGAAAAUGGAUGCUUUGAAUCAGUUGGGAAAGUUUUUCAUAAAGGCAUGAAGGGUGGUCUUGGUGAUGAUAGUUCCCCUGUGCCCUUGACAGCCUACGUACUUAUUUCUCUCCUGGAAGCUGGUGAGCCACCGUCAAGUGCAGCUAUCAGUGAGGCAGCUUUCUGCUUGCUUGCAGACCAGUCUCAAGAUCCCUACACAGCUGCACUGAAGGCAUAUGCUCUGGCUUUAUCAGGGCUAUCUGAAGCACAAUCAGUUAUUGAAAAAGUAAUCAAUACUGCCAUGGAAAAUUCUCAUUCUAUGCACUGGGAAAUUCCAGCUGGUGCAGGUAAGAGUGAGGGUGUGGAAAUCGAAACUGCUGGUUAUACACUCCUAGCCAUGAUGACUCUAAAUGCAACACGUUUCCAAAACCAAGCUGUAAAAAUUGUCAAAUUUCUUUCUUCUAAGAGAAAUGGUCAGGGAGGUUUCAUCUCGACACAGGACACAGUUGUUGCUUUGCAAGCUCUGGCCAGUUUUGAAAGUCACCAAAAUCAAGGCAAUGUAAAUUUGGUUAUAACAGUUGAAGCUGAAGCCCUGGAGCAUGACUUCCACAUUGAUGAGUCUAACAAGUUACUUCAACAAACAGCGAAUCUACCAAAAAUUCCAGCUCAUGUUGUGUUUGGCUUGACGGGAGAAGGAUGCGCUCUUGUUCAGGCUGUUUUGAGGUACAAUGUUCCUGAGUCCAGCCCAAGUGAAGCAUUUAGGCUCAGUGUCACUACAGAAACGGCACCUGAUAAGAAGUGUGUGACGAAGAGAAUCAAGAUUUGUGCAUCGUACCAGCUUCCAGAUAAGAAAUCCAACAUGGCUGUCAUAGAGGUCGAUUUAAUUUCUGGCUACAUUCCUGAAAAAGCAGAUCUUAAGCAGAUUGUGGGUUAUGGCACAGGCCUCUUCAAACGAUAUGAAGUUGAUGGGAGUACAGUCACUUUUUACAUUGACGAAUUCUCCCCAGAAGACAUUUGUUUGAGCUUCCGGAUAAUAAGGGAAAUUGAGGUGCAAGAUGUAAAACCUGGAACUGUGAAAGUAUAUGAUUAUUAUCAGCCAGAAUUUUCUGUCAGCACGAGUUUCGUCCUUCCACCAAUAGAUGAAUGCAAGUCUGAGUCAGAAAUUAAUAUUGAAGGCAUUAUUCCCUUUGAAAAUGAGAAUGUUGAAGGUGAACCAGCUGGGUCUACGGAUGUGAAUCCGGCAGAUGUUGAUGAUUUAUUAUCAGCUCUAGAUGGCUCGCUAAAAUGAAAACUGAAAAGUUCCUUGAAAUUGUUGAAAGAGAAUUUCGCUGUUCCUGAGAACUACAAUGUAUAAAUUAAGCAAAUGUAAAUAAUAUAUAUAGUGCCAGAAGUGUCAGCUGGCAAUAAUCAAGAUUUGAAAUUAAGAUACAUUUGAUUAUAUAUGUUUAUAUAUUUUUCCACAUAUACUUUACAACAGCUAUUAAGUGUGCUUUUUUUUAAAGCAGUAACUUAGCUGCAUUGUUUAGCGUCAAAUUAUUUAUAUUUAAUGAUCAGUUAUAACUAACUUAUAUCUUCACUAUAAUAAUGCAUUUCUGGAUAAAUGUGGAAACUGAAAAACAAUUAAUCUUUUUAUAUUAUACUCUAAUAGAAAAUAUUCAUGAAUUAGGAUAUACAUCUGUAAAAUUAAAUUAUGAAUUAAAAUAUGGUUUGCAUCAUGGUUUCUUUUCAAAAUAUUUUAUUCUUUUUUGAAAACUUUACAUAUAUAAAUAAUAUUUACAUACAAUGACUUAAAUACAAUUGAAUAAUUUUAAUUUUUUUAUUCUUUCAUAUCUCCCUGAAGAUUUGCUGAUGGUUAUUUUUUUACAUAAAAUCUAAUUUUUAUAUUUUUUUU